UUUUCUAUUCAGUAGUGAAAUAUUCGUCUGUAAACAAAGUUAAGCAUCACAAUCGCGGGUGCCGAAUGUCAAAAUUUACAAAAAAAAAUUAAUAAUGAAGUGGAAUUAUAUUUUUGCUGCAUGCAUUAUUGCAGCUCUGCUGCUAGAUCAGACCUCCGCGAUUCGACCACCCGGUUUUAGAUCAAGAUCAGGAACAAGAUCUCCAACUCGUCCAUCUUACGGUCGUUCAGGAUCUGUAGGACAUCGUGCGUCAAGUAAUCACGUCGCGCAUUAUGAUCCAGCCAACUCUCUCUAUUCACAACAAAGAGCACGAUCACCAUCACCAAGACCAUCAACAUCAUCAGCUGGAUACGGUUCAUCAAAUUCACCGAAUUCACCCUAUCAACCUUCAACUUCUGGAGCUUCGUCAUCUUCUGUAAAUCCAUUCGCAAGGAUGCAAAAUUUCGCUAAUCCAAGACAUACUUCACCACCCGGAGGAUCUGGUAAUCAGCAUCAGUCACCACCCGGAGGAUCUGGUAAUCAGCAUCAGUCACCACCCGGAGGAUCUAGUCAUCAACACCAGUCACCACCCGGAGGAUCUAGUCAUCAACACCAGUCACCACCCGGAGGAUCUAGUCAUCAACACCAGUCACCACCCGGAGGAUCUAGUCAUCAACACCAGUCACCACCCGGAGGAUCUAAUAGUGGACAUAAUUCACGUUCUGGUUCUCCCCCACCUACUCCACCUCCACCUCCACCUCCCGCACCCACACCCCCACCCGUACCGCCAAGUUUCGCCGCUCAAAGCUUUGAUCCACGAACUAGAUAUAACAUGCGGCAGCUUCUUCAGAAUGAUGCUGUACCAAUCCCAACAAAUCCUGUUUCAGGACUAGCUACAAGAAGACACGUACCUGAUUUCCAUACUUCGAAUGAUCUUACGCAGCUGCCAGUUCAGCCAGGUGCUAUUAAAGCUUUCGUUACUGCACAUAGAAAAAUUGUUUCAUCAAACAGGAAUAUCACGCCCAAUGAGAGGAGACAAAAACUACAGCAAAUCAGAGAUCUACAACUAAAAAUAACUACUCCUCGGCCUUCUGCUCAGCCUAAUAAUAAUCAAAAUCCUGCUGCUGGUCAGAAUCAAAAUGCUGGGGGUCUCAAUGGUCAGAAUCAAAAUGCUGGGGGUCACAAUGGUCAGAAUCAAAAUGCUGGGGGUCAUAAUGGUCAGAAUCAAAAUGCUGGGGGUCACAAUGGUCAGAAUCAAAAUGCUGGGGGUCAUAAUGGUCAGCAUCCAACUCCUGGUGUACAGAAAACCCGUAAAACGCUAGACGAUGUUACACCGAAACAGCAGAAAAAAAUAAAAUGUGGCAAGCCGGGAUCAACAACUGAAAGUUGUUUUGAUUUUUAUACAUUUUCUAUGUUUUGGUUACCUACGGUGAUUCGUUCAACACACACAAGAAGAGCAACACCUGUGCCGAGAGAAGAUAAAUGGACAAUUCAUGGAUUAUGGCCAAACAGGAAAGGUUUGCUGCCAGCUCCGCCCAAAGCGUGUGAUGUCAAGAAUAUGCCUUUUGAUAUUAGCAAAUUGAAUGGGAUAAGACACACGUUAGAAAACAACUGGUUCACGGCAUCAUCAGACAAUGAACAAUUCUGGCACCAUGAAUGGGACAAACAUGGCAAGUGUGCAGCACGUUCGAUAUUUAUUAACGACGUUGAGGGUUACUUCAGAAAGGGAAUUAGUUUGGGAAAUACACAUAGAUUUGGUGAUAUUUUGGAGGUAGCAGGUUUUCGUCCUGGGUCUACAAUGACGUUUCAACAGAUAUAUGAUACUAUUUCUCUCAAUUAUGGUACGCCAGAAAUUGUAAUUUGGAAAGACGUGACAACUGACUUAACAUAUUUGAGAGAAAUAAGAGUAUGUUUAAACCAUCGGUUCCAUCAAAUGGAUUGUCCAGUGACGCCUCCACAUGCCGACGUUAUGGCUCAAGAAAUUACUUAUUUUUCAAUUGCUUCACUUCCUUAAUUAUCAAUAAAUAAAACUUUUUAACUGAGACUGCAGUCAUCUGCUAUUUCAAUUAAUUUUUUUAUGAUUAUUUUAUAACAAAAAAUAUAUUAUUCUCCUUAUAAAAGAAGGAUAUAAAAA